CAAUCUCUCGAACAAUAAAACAUACACUCUCUUCCAUCUCCUUUGAAAGCUUUUCGGUCAUUGAUCUAUUCAUUAGUUGUGAAUUGAUUUCGGAUUGGCGGCGGCGUGUAAAAUGAGUUUGAACGAACCUUUGAUAGAUAGAAAAGAAGAUGUUUAUUCUAUUCUUCGAACUUAUUACGACCAGUUUUCUUCAGCUGGGGGAAAAUUAGAUCUUUUACGUCCUGGAGCUUGCUUCUCCCCUCACAUUUUUGGGGCGGGCAAAAGCUUUGUAGGUCAAAAAUUUUUAGAGUUUUUAAAAAAAUUCGCCGACGAAGAAGAAGAGCAGACGGAGACGGAGGUUUUCAACAAGAGCUCGUCGGGAAAAGUUGAUGCGAAGAUUUUUUCUUGGAAACACUUUGCGGAAAACACUUUGUCAGUUUGCUUUCAAUUAGAAGAGAGCUUUUCUCGUGCUCCUUUUCCAAGGUUUCUAGAGGCUUUGAUGUAUAAUAUUAUUUUGAACGCUUACCGACAAAAUGGUAAAGAUACGGACGCUCUUCAGAUAGCUGAAAGGACGGUAAAGAAUUUUGAUAUUGUAGGGGCUAUUGAUUAUCUUCUCGAACAAUUUCAGAAACGAUAUUUAUUUUUGAUGAUAGACGAACUUAGCCACCUAAGUGACCUCACCGCAUACUAUAGUGAACUUACCACGAAACAGUUCGUCGAGUCUGACCCAAAAUAUGUACCUUUCCGGAAUUUCUUCCGCAUUCUACGUAGUUUUUUGAUUACAGGGAAGGUAAUUGUCUAUUUGGCAGGUCGGACUGCCGAAAUCUCAGCCCGCCUGUCUGAUGCUCGCUCCAGUAGCGUGAGUCUCGAUAUGUUGCGGUUGAAUCCUUUUAACCUCCAUGAUAUUAAUGAAUAUCUUGAGCUGGCAAUUUAUAGUGGAAAGACCUUGAAGGACUGGUUAUUGCCCUCAGAUGGCUUGCAACAUCGAUUCGCAGAAUUAUUAAAAAAGAAGACAGGAGGUAUUCCGUUGAUUGUAAAGAAUACUUUAGUAGCCCUAGCAGAGAAAGCUGCAGACUUGUCGCAACCUGUUAUCAACGAUGACAAUAUGGAAAGUGUGUUAGAUGAUAUUUUUCACUCUGUAGUACGAAAGACAACAACGUUUAUUGUUCCGGAGAUAUUAGAUUCUGCAACCCUUCUUCGAUAUCAAUUUGUUCUUUUCAAUUAUCAGCUCGGGACAGUUUUUCCAAUCAACUUUGCAAUUACUCUAUGUGGAACGACAACUUAUUUGAUGGAUUUGGUUGCAACUUUUGGGUUUUACUCUGAAGUUUUGGGCGAGGAAUUCAAGAUUGGUUGUUGUGAAUUUAUAUUGCGAGCUCAUAGCAACUAUAAAUUUUUCCGUGAGGCUACUGAACUUUUUCCUUUAUCUCCGUUUAGUUAUAUUCCCGACACUUCAACAGCAAAAGGAGUCUUCUUUGAAUUUGUAUUUAUGAAGAUCUUUCGUUUUCGCUUAUUAACUUUUCUUCAUUCUAAUUCCUCGGCUAUUGUACAUUCUGCUAUUCCAGGAAUUUUCCAGGGUUCUUUUAUUGAACAGGACAAUGUUUCUUAUUCUAUGGAAUCUACAAAAUCUUAUGAUAUACCCAUCUUGAGAAAUGUCUCUGGUUCAUUUUCUGUUCAUUAUAGGGAUUAUUUACAACGUUGUGGUAUUUUUGUUCCAAAGGAUGGCAAUUCUAGUGGUCCUGAUGCAUAUGUUGUAUUCCAUAAUGGACAAACACGUUAUGUUGUUGGAUUUUCAUUCAAAUUUUAUCACAAAAGUGAAUUUUCGAAAAGAAAUAUUGAGGAGGAAGCCAAAAAUUUUUUUAAGGGAGUUGUUUCCGUUUUGAAUGACGAAUCUUUUUCAUCUGUUCAACUUCGUUUUCAGUUUGUGGUAGUAGUUGUACUAGAUAUGAUCAAUCUGUAGGUUUCUCUACCGAAGAACAUAAUAUUGUUGAAGAUGCAAGUCGUUUUGUGACUCAACAUUCUUCGGGAUCAACUUUGAAUGAAAGUAGUCGAUCAUGUCUGCAAUUGGUAAUUGUUUCUCAAAGGAACCUUGAAGUAUAUUUGGGAAGAGAUAAUGUCGAAACGUUGAGGAAAAUUGGGGAAGCAAACCGAGGAGAGUUUUCUAAAAAC